GCUCAUUACACACUUCGAUCACGAACGUCAAACGACUGCAUCUCAUUUUGUGGAAGAAAUAACGUGAUUUCCGUACGGCCGACAUCCAACAGCGAAAAUGUACGCCCCACAGCAGCCAAUUCUCAUUCUCAGUAAAAAUACGAAGCGUGAGAGUGGCCGAAAGGUGCAGUUGGAGAACAUCAAUGCCGGCAAAACGAUUGCUGACCUGAUCCGCACAUGUCUGGGCCCGCAGGCAAUGAUGAAGAUGCUGAUGGACCCGAUGGGCGGCAUCGUGAUGACCAACGAUGGCAAUGCGAUCUUGCGUGAAAUCACGGUGCAACAUCCGGCAGCAAAGAGCAUGAUCGAGAUCGCCCGCACGCAGGACGAGGAGGUGGGCGACGGUACCACCUCCGUGAUCGUGCUGGCCGGUGAGAUGCUGGCCGUGGCGGAACAGUUCCUCCAGCAGCAGAUCCACCCGACCGUGAUCAUCCGCGCGUAUCGGGAGGCGCUCGAGGACAUGGUGCGCAUCCUGCAGGACGAGGUCAGCAUCGAGCUGGACCGCAGCGACAAGAAGCGGCUGGCGGAGGUGGUAAAGUCCUGCGUCGGCACGAAAUUCGUCGGCCGCUGGUCGGAUCUGGCGGUGCGCAUUGCGCUCGACGCCGUCGAGACGGUGUCGCUGACCGAGAACGGGCGCACGGAGAUCGACAUCAAGAAGUACGCCAAGGUGGAGAAGAUCCCGGGCGGCUCGAUCGACGAUUCGUGCGUGCUGCGGGGCAUCAUGCUGAACAAGGACGUGACACACCCGAAGAUGCGCCGGUACAUCGAGAAGCCGCGGAUCGUGCUGCUGGACUGCCCGCUCGAGUACAAGAAGGGCGAAAGCCAGACGAACGUGGAGAUCGUGGGCGACCAGGACUUCACCAAGCUGCUGCAGAUCGAGGAGGAGCAUGUGGCGCGCCUGUGCGAGGAUAUCAUCGCGGUCAAGCCGGACGUGGUGUUCACGGAGAAGGGCGUCUCCGACCUCGCGCAGCACUUCCUCAUGAAGGCGGGCAUCACCGCGAUCCGCCGGCUGCGCAAGACGGACAACAAUCGGCUGGCCCGUGCCUGCGGUGCCACGAUCGUGAACCGCACGGAGGAGCUGACGGAGAAGGACGUCGGUACCGGGGCGGGCCUGUUCGAGAUCAAGAAGAUGGGCGACGAGUACUUCUGCUUCGUGACGGAGUGCGAAGAUCCGAAGGCGUGCACCAUACUGCUGCGCGGCGCCUCGAAGGACGUGCUGAACGAAACCGAGCGUAAUCUGCAGGACGCACUGCACGUGGCCCGCAACCUAAUGCUCGAUCCGAAGCUGCUGCCGGGUGGCGGUGCGGUCGAGAUGGCCGUCUCGCAGGCCCUCACCAACAAACAGAUCCAGGGACCGUACCGUGCCGUCGCCCAGGCGCUGGAGAUCAUUCCGCGCACACUGGCGCAGAACUGUGGCGCGAACACGAUCCGCACGCUGACGGCACUGCGGGCGAAGCAUGCGUCACACCCGGCUGCCGACGGUCCGUGCACCUGGGGCAUCGACGGCGAGACCGGCCAGCUGGUGGACAUGAAGGAGAAGAACAUCUGGGAACCGCUGUCGGUGAAGCUGCAGGUGUACAAGACGGCCGUCGAGACGGCGAUCCUGCUGCUGCGCAUCGACGACAUCGUGUCCGGCUCGAAGAAGCGGGGCGACGAUGGUUCUGGACCGUCGCCCGCUGCUGCCGCCGCCGGUAUGGGAGAGUAAGGCGGGUGGGGGGUCCCCGCCACACGAAGACGAUGCCGGACGCGCUUAAUUGUCUUUACAUGCCUUAUUUAAGUAUUGCGCGUACGCGGUGCAGGCGGAAGUAUCGUCGAAAGGGUCGUGCCCUUAUAUCGUCACGUGCAUUACAAUGGUUUGUCGUUUUUAAGGGCCACCACCCACACCCACAUACAGCAGCCUGGAUGCAUUUUCUGGAACAAUGCUUAACAUUUAACAUCCCCAGCAUAUUAAUCGCACAUACACACAGCGGGCACUCACACAUUCAUUUACUUUAUCGGUUCGUCUAACGCCAUCCCUCCCCUCACCCUGCCUUUCCAACUCUUUUCUGAGUCGUCCUCUAUAUUAUCCUUCUCAACACGCGUGUUCUUUGCGUAUAAACACGCCGCCCGAUCGCAGAAUCGUAAAACACGGCGUAAUAAAAUAAUACUUACAACAAAAUUAAAA